AUGGAGAAUUGGAUUUCGUACUUCACCAACGUGAUGCAAAUGGACCCGAACCAGAUCUGGCUCGGUCUAUGCCUCGGGACCGAGGAGGCUAUAAACUACUGCCGCUUAUACCUCCACAACUACGUCGAAGAUUCAGUGCAGAAGUUUAUGGUUCUUGGGCCAGAAGAGUAUGAGUACAGGCGGACUGUGAAUACAGCCUCUAUAGUCAUUCAAUGCUGGAGGGAGCUCAUUGCCCAGGCUGACUCCACCGUUCUCCUAGAUAAAAGGCGCGAGGACCUAGGGAAUUACCAGCUGUGGCGACUCAAGUUCAUAGAUCAUACGAAUCAACGCGGACAGGGUCCUGUCUUCGAGAUCUGCCAGUGGAUCUUCCAUACCCUUGCAAAGGAGCACAAACUCGCCACCACUCUCACUUUUGAGAAGAUCGAAGCUACCGCUGAAGACGUCAUUGUCCUCCUCAAGACGCUGUGGCAGCGUGCUAAUGAUAUACCCUACCAGCCUAGCACCCGCGUCUCCUUCCACGGCAUCCUCCUCCUAGCUGCCAUUGGAGGCUUCAGGCGGGCGACGAUAACAAGCAUCAAGAUAUCCUUCUCCAUGACUCUCGUCCCGUAUAGCCCCAUCUAUCUUGCCAGUAUUAUCGCCGCGCGAGCAAUCAAAGACAAUACUUUUAAGAACCUCGUAGGCGUUCUCACCGAUGCCCUGCGCAAUUACAUCCUCUCCAACACCACCCAGGUCUUCCAGGGAAGUUACCAAACGAAACGGGUCCACAAGGAUCUCGUGAAGCUAGCCUUUAGGUCUAUGGCCGGGCGCAACAAUAACCUCUUCCAGAGCCUCCACAGCAUGUCUCUAAGCCAGGAUGCAGGCGCUCCUAUAAACGUGAGUACAGAGAACUUGGGAGAAUUUAAGAAGCGUCGCGACAUGCAGGGCCUCCACGCCGAUCUCAAGAAAGCACGACACAAGGAUAACAAAGAGAUCCAGUCAGUCAAAGCGCAGAUCAAGAAUCUCGUCAAGGCCCUAUCGCAUUUAAAAUUGCAAGAAAAGAGGGCAGCGUAUUUCAAAUACGUGGAUAGCCUAAGGGCCCAAGGAUUACCCACUACGGCUUCCUUAGGAAAAAUCCAUAGCAGCGGCGCGCUAUCUACUAUUGCACAGUUCCUUCAAAGCUGCGCCCGGGAGCUCGAGGAAGGCUAUUCGGUGGAGCAACGCGCACAACACUACAUGGAGCUGCUAGUCAAUUACUUGGCUCGUCGGCCGUCGCGCCCGCCCCCAGGGCUGGGCACUCCGAAGAUCGCAGUCGAAGGUGGUGGCGACGUGGCCGAGCGUGCCUACGACGAGAGCGUCGACCUCAACCGCCCAUGUACAAAGCAGUCCAAAUGCCUUCUCUGCGAUUCCGCCUUCCGCGGCCGGAGCGAGCUCACUAAGCACUGCCAGAAGAUCCACGUCAAAGACGGGACGUUCGACCGGCCUUUCUCAUGCCCCGAAUGUCUCCGCCUAGGAAGGGGGCACGUCACGAUUACCGGGGGCCCUCCAGCUUGGAGCCGUCACGCCGAAGCAUCCCACGGCAAAAUGUCCACGCCAAACCUUCCGUCGAUCCCUCGUUCAGUGGAGGGUUCUGAGCGCUGUUUGCUCUGCCAGCGCUUUUUCCUAGGCGAAGGGGGCCUUUGGAGACACACACGUCGGAUCCAUGACCAGAACGGAAAGGACUUCGCGCAGCCGUUCUCAUGCCCCAAAUGCCUCCGUCAAGGAAAUGGCGACGCUUCCAUCAGCGGUUUCGAUGAUUGGAAGAAUCACGUCCAAUCAGACCACAUAGAGAUGGAAGGGCUCCAGCCUCUGCCCAGCCGACCAUGUUCACCUCCUGAUGCCUGUAGUCGCCAAGGAAGCAAUGGAGGCAAGCGCAAGCGUACGAGGGACGACGCCGACGCCGACCCUACGGUCGAUGAUGCUGGCGGCGAUCGGCCAGAGGACACCGAAGCCGCAUCAGAUACGACCUGCACUACACCAGCGACGGCCACCAAUUCCAUGUCGAACACCCAAACCCCAGCCUCUUCAGUAGAAUUGGAAAACAUUCGGAAUAUCGAUCCUCGCCUACUACCAGACCACUUGAGACAAGGCUCGAAGAAGGUAAAGAGCAGCCUUUUCGACGAUCCUGAGGUCGUGUGGCCCUGGGCAACGGAGCCAGGCCCGAUUGUGCUCAGCGGAUCAGGCACCGAACUGGAAGACCCGGAAGGUGACUGUAUACCGGCCGCAGAUCCACAGCCAGAGGAUCAUGAUCUGUUCUAUACUGGAUUGUUGGACGCUGAACUGCAUGAGCCAAUGGCCGCAGACCGCUUCUACCCGCAAGGGCAAGAGGGCACGGAAAUCCUCGAGAAUCCACCAUCAGAAGCAAUCACGACCUCGGCGCUCGCGAUGAUUGAUCUCGGAGACGGCUAUCCACGAGGGAUGAGUUCCGAGAGCCUUUCCCCUACCCACGUCCCUGAUGAUGAGGACGUCGGGCAACUCCAACCAGCCGCAUUCAUUCAAUACCCAGCCGAGGAAGAGACGGAGAUAGUUGGUAGCCUGACUUCAGCGUUGACGAUAGAUCCUGAAGACCUAAGCCACGCAGCCAAGCUUUACUGGGGUAGAGGGUACGCUCUCGUACCAGAGGGUCGCGAGCUCAAUCGAACCGCGAAUAAUGCACAGAGACACUGCUCCUUGGUGAUCUUCCAAGCAAAGAACCGAUUAGCAAUUCAUUCUCUAAAUCACGAAGAAACAUUGACAGGUUUCUGCACGUCAUUAAGUGCUUGUAUUGAAGACAGGGCUGCCGAGAUUGCGCGGGCGAAAUUGUGGAUCACCAUGGAUUCGAGGAUGCGGAAUGCGCUCUUUCCGACCUAUCCUUAG